AUGAAAAGUACCCAGAUUGUCAUCUCAUUUUCAUACACAGACCACUCCAAUAAACAGAAACAAGCUUCUGGAUUGACAAUGGAUGAACCAUCAUCCAGUCAAGAAAGAGAGUCAUCUCAGCCACCUCAGGCAGUUAUGGUAAACACAUCUGUUGAAAACUUCACACAGGAAGUUCCUGAAAUGGCACAUGAGUGGGAAUUUGAGUUGGAUGUGUUUCAGAAGCAAGCUAUACUCCAUCUGGAAAAGAAACGCAAUGUGUUUGUAUCAGCUCACACAUCAGCUGGGAAAACAGUUGUUGCGGAAUAUGCUAUAGCUCUCUCUCGCAAACAUGGUACCAAGGCAAUAUAUACAUCACCAAUCAAGGCAUUGUCCAACCAGAAGUAUCGGGAUUUCAAGAAUGUAUUUGGUUCUGAUUAUGUUGGCCUGCAGACGGGAGAUGUCCAAUUGAAUGAAAGUGCUUCCUGUGUCAUCAUGACAACUGAAAUUCUAAGGUCAAAACUGUAUGAUCAGGAUCUCAGUGAUCUGGAAUGUGUUAUCAUCGAUGAAGUACAAUACAUUGGUGAUAAAGUGAGAGGAGUCGUUUGGGAGGAGGUUCUAAUCAUGCUACCAGAUACUGUAAAACUGGUUCUUCUGAGUGCAACAUUCUGGAACACUAUGGAAUUUGCUAAUUGGAUCGUGAAGAUAAAAAAACAAUCAGUGUAUGUAAUUUGUACUGAAAAACGACCCGUGCCUCUUCAUCAUUACAUUUAUACUGGAACUCAGGACUUCCAAGAAAACCAACUGUUUGAAAUUGUAGAUGGGUUAGGAAAUUUCAACAAUAGAAACUAUCGACAAGCGUGGGCUGAGUAUGAAAACCAAAAGAGAGCAGGCUUACGAAAAGUAAAGCAAAAAAAUCAGUAUCUGCCAUUUGUCAGAAUUCUACUACACCCGUUACAGUAUUUACCAGCAAUUGUGUUUACAUUUUCGAGAGCAAAAUGCAGAGAUAAUGCGCUGACUUUACAGGCUGUUGACCUGACAGAACGAAAUGAGAAAAGUGAAAUUCAAGUUUUUUUAACCACAUCUUUGGAAGCCCUGUCAGAUUCAAACAUGCAAUUAGUCCAGAUUAUGGAGUUGAGGGAGAUGCUGGAGAGGGGCAUAGCUUAUCACCACAGCGGAGUCUUACCUCGUAUGAAGGAAAUUGUGGAACAUCUGUUCCAAAGGGGUCUUGUGAAGGUCCUGUUUGCUACAGAGACAUUUGCUAGUGGUGUGAAUAUGCCAGCAAGGACUGUGAUCUUUGACUCCAUUAAUGAAAAGUUUGAUGGAGAGAAGAAACGUACUGUUAAUUCAGCCGAAUACAUUCAGAUGGCUGGCAGAGCAGGUAGAAGAGGCAAAGAUUCAUGUGGUUUCUCUAUUAUUCUAUGUGGAGAUCGCGUUCCAAAGGCUUCAAUAUUAAGAAGUUUACAACAAGGGAAGCCUUGUCCUGUGGAAUCACAAUUUCACCUCAAGGAUACUAUGAUCCUGAAUCUACUUAAUAGGGCUAAGUUUGGAGUACAGGAUAUUCUGAGGAAAAGUUUUGCAGAGUAUAGCAGAGAUUCUACGGAAAAAGAACUUCUAGCUUUGAAGCAGAAGUUAAAUGACAUGGAACCUGUACCUUGUGACUUGUGCAAAGAGGAUCUGGAACAGUACUAUGACACAUGCAAAAGGAUUCAUACGUUAAGAUCUGAUUUACAGUCUGAAUCUAUUAUGGAUCCUGAGGCACUACCAAUUGGUCGAAUUGUUGUUGUCAAUUCAGAAAAACACAAGAAUCAUUUUGGGAUCAUCAUAUCUAACGUUAACACAGAUUCAAAUAUGGUCAAAGCUGUUGUGAUAUGUAGUAAAAAAGCGUCUACGGGGGAACCAAAAACAGAGCUAAAAGUUCCUAUGAUUUUAAAGACGGAAGUGUUUCUGCCAACGAGUGACUUCAGCCAUUGCUCUGAAGUUGUAGAGUUUGAUACUGAUGAUUUUACCAUAACAAAUCUUGUAGUUGCUAUACCAGAAGAACUUGCUCAAUCAAGUGUAUCUUCCACUAUGCUCACUAAAAAAGUUGUCCAGAUGAUGUGUAGGUUACGCACAAAGGAUAUUCCCUUGUUCAUUCCUCAGACUGUUUCACAGGAAUUUAUUUUCAAAUUUAAAGAGAGAGAGGAUCUAGAAAAGCAGAUUUUUGGAUAUAAAUGCCUUCAGUGUAAACACUUAACUAAACAUUAUGAAAUUGUUGAAAAUCAGAAAAUACUGGAGGAGAAAAUAGCAGAAGUUGAAGAACAGCUCUCUCAGAGACACUUGCUUCUGCUUCCACAGUUUGAACAAAGACAGAAGGUAUUUAAACAUAUAGUAUUUAAAAAAUAA